CCCAUCGGCCCCAUGUGCGAUUCACAGACAUCUCUGCUUCUUCUCUCACACUCGUCAGCGCAAUGAAAUCUUCGAAGCGUCAGAAAUCUCGGAAAACCCGAAAGAUCAAAACCAAGUGUUUAAACGAACUCAGCAUGUCAUCCCCAGUGCAACUUUGUAUGAACGCCAUGAAUGACGAAGAAAAGCUUCAGAAAAAGACGGGAGAUUUUGGAAAAAAGGUGGGAAAUGCAUGCAUGGAGGAUUUACAGCAAACCCAGGUGGAAGUUUGUGAUGUCUGUGGGGAUAACGGCUUUUCGAAUGCUCUAAUAUACUGCUCAACGUGUUCAGAUACCGCUGUACACCAAUACUGCUUAGGUAUAUCGCCAGGAAGCAUCGAUGAUACAUACAAUUGGUUUUGCGAAUAUUGUUGUCCAUCGAUGGAAUUUGAACAUCUUGAUACCUCUGGUGCUACUUUUAUAAGGACUGAAGAAUGUUUUGAAGAGCUUGCAGUACCACUUGAACUGCAAAGCGAGCAAUGUCUUUUGAAUGGGAUCAUUGUUGAUGAAGUAGAACCACUUUGCACUUUGCUACCACUUUUACCCCAUGGAAGCUCAGAACACAUGGAAACACACGAUCAGUGUCAAAUUGCUGAAGUAAAUUCAAGGAUGGCCACCACUAUCAUAACUCAUUCGGCGAAUCACAGGGAAGAACAUGAGCCAUCAGUUUCUUCUUUUAUGGAAUCCCCGAAAGAGAUUAUGAGUGGACUAGUUCUGUUGGCAAGUGCAUCGGGGAAAAUCAUUAUUUUCGGAAGCAUGAGUAUAUCUACUGUCAACAUUACUGGCAGUUGCAAUGAGAUGAAUCGAGAUAUACUAGUCGUUGGGGAUGAAUGUGCUGUUCAAGAAACUGCAGAGCUUGGUGAUGUCAGUUCUAGAAUGGACAAGGAAAUUGAUGCUGGUUAUUCUAAUGAGGAUGCUAGCUUUUGUAAAGGUGCAGUUGAUACUUGUCCGGAGAAUACAAGUGAGGAUACCAAUGUUCGGGAAGUUAUAGAUAUGGGUCUUCCAGCUAUUGGGAAUGGAUCCUUGCAUUGGGUAAAACGCAAGAGGACAGAAACUAUAGCAAUUUGUGACCUUAUACCAUCCAUAGGGUCCGAAUGCAAAAGAGCUAGAAGCAAAAGGUGUAAGAUAUCUCCUUCCUUAAGUAAGGAGGUUGAUGCUUGCAAACUUACCAUAACAGAUGUUUGCACUACAGGUGAAGAAAGGAGUGAUCAACCUGUCAAUGGCCAUGAAGUUAUUACGGUAGGGAAGAUACUUCAUGGAACAAGUCAACCUCAAACCUUAAACACAAGCCCUUUGAGAGAUGGAUUGCAAGUUGAUGCCUUUAGUCAAGAAUGUGGUCUGUUUAACAAUAUGGUUGAAUGUGGCAGUGAUGUCAAAGAAACAACACUUGUGGUAGAUGAUAGAUUAAAUGACCAAGAAAUGACAAAAAUAUGCACAUCAAAAUUAGGACUAGAUUCACUAAGACUUCCCUUGAGCAAUGUAUCUCCAACUCGAGAUCUUGCGAUGAUGGCUUAUGGUCAACAAAGUGAAAAAGGUUUCCCUUUGAGUCAAGGAAUAGGGCAUAAUAAAGCCUUGAAAUCAACCAAUAUAGCUUUUUCACCGAGGCUUGAGCAAGAACCUACAUACAUCGACCAUAUUCAUGGAGGUGAAAAUCGUAUGAGGAUACCCCUUUCUUGUAAUGAUUGUGAAAAGGGUUUUGAAAAAAUCACGGGUGUAGAGGAGGUACGAGAUGGCAACACUCCUCCUUUUGAAGAGGGAUGUAAUUCGACUCAUCGUGGCGUGUCUUUUUCAAAGUCAACCAUGCAAACAAAACAUCAAUUAUGUUCGACUAACCACAACUCUCUUAUGUUAGAAUCUCCUUCCUCCGUGCAAAUUCUAUGUGAGGAGCUCAUGGAGUCUAAUGUGGUCAAAGAGAAGCUGUUGGAUGAGUUGGACAAGGUUGAUAAUAAUGUUAAGAAGCUAAGAGAAAGUAUAACCUAUCCCGAUGCUUGGAAGGACUAUGAUGUUGAACUUGAAAAGCUUAAAGCUAAAAUCGAAGGUGAUAAGAAGAAAAUGGAGGAUGUUAUCAAGAAGAAUCGUCUUAGAAUGUGGAGGGUCGUUCACGAGCUUGAGACUACUAAAAAAGAGCUCCAAGAAAAGAUGGUUGAACUUGCUAAGAAAACCGUUGAAGUUGAGUUGGCGAAGGAUCUUGUGCUUAAGGGAGGUCAAGAUUUGACCCAAAAGGACGCCUACCAACUUUGGUUGGGAGGGUACUGUACUGCGGAGAAUGUGAUUUUUGAGCUUCACCCCGAGUUGAAUUGGGACAAUAUAAAAGCCGUUCGUAACUUAAUGCUCCUUCGUUAUUGUUAAAGCUUUUGCAUUAAAGUUCGUAUGCUAAGGAGACUAAUGUCAACACUUUUUAAGGUGCUUACAAGGUCAUGUUUCAUGUAAAGCUUGUAUAUAGUAACAUUGUAAGCAUUUUGCUCAUCAUGGAAACUUUGUGUUUCAAAGCAAUCAUUGUGCUCUUUUCCUAAUUUUUCAUAUAUUUGAUGUGUUUCUCCUUUUAGACUUCUUUUGUGCUCUUGUUUCUUUACUUCAAUGCUUACGGUUUUUUUUUUUUUUUCCUGACAUGAGUAUCAUGUUAUCUUUAGUGCGAUCUACGAAAUAUCCCAUCAUAUAUGUUCAUUAUGAACGAUAAUAGUGCACUUUCGAGUUGAUAAUGCUUACAUUUUCUCCCCAUAUAUAUAUCUGCUACUUUCACUUCGACUCACCCUUUAAGGAUUGUUUUGUGCCACAAGAUCUCUUUUUACCAAUUAAAAGAAGAAAUUGAGCAUGACGACUUUCAUUGUUACAUUUUACAUAUAGCUUAGCUAUUUUGAAUUUCUUUCCUGUUACCCUAAUCAUGAUCAUCAAGACAUUCGAUUUGACUCUACAUGAUGAGGCUUAUCUGAAUCUCCUUGAAAGAGUUUGCGAUGGACGUGAAACCUUCGUUUUAUGAUCUUUUUCUUUCGCACACCAAAAUCAGAAGUCCAAAAAGAAAGAACUCAAUGUGUUAUAGUUGACCAAAAUACUAAUUUAAAAGUUACAAAUCGUAAUGCCAAAAUAGGAAGCCUAACAAGAAAGAUCUUAAUGUUUUGUAGUUCACCAAAAUGCUAACUCCAAAAUUUCAUAUCUUACUCCAAAGUAGGAAGUCUAAAAAGAAAGAACUCAAUGCUUUGAAGUUAUUUUUGUACCGAAUAGAGUUUGGCUCUGGCACCAAAACACUACCUUUGUAGUAUUGAACGUUCGGUUGUAGUAUUGAACGUUGGGCUUUCAUUUUCUGAGGUUAAGUCAGAUUAUUGGACUAAAUAUCUUAUUUUUGGAGUUGUGAUCAAUUUUUUAGUCUGAAUAAACUUGCUCCAAAUUAGGAAUUGAUUUUUGGACUAAUUUAUUAUUUUUGGAGUUGUGGUCGAUUUUAUGGUCUAAAGAGAUUGUUUUAUAUAAUAACCACAAACACUUCAGCUCGCACCCUUAACCCGGGUACAUGAAUCUUACUUUCUAAAUGUUGAGGAGGUUUUGCAAACAACAAAAAAUGCACUACCUCCUUUUUACAAUACAUGCACCAUUCUCAUUUAGGCACUAUUUAUCAAUCAACUUUGAUAAUCUUUCGCUCACUAUUAUGUAAGAAAAAAUAUAGGCAAGUGGAAUCUUGCAAAAAUCGUCAUUGACGAUUUCAAAGAUCAACUUUUUAUAAUUUUUAUAUAUAUGUAAUUAGAGAUAUUAAUGUCCAAAGAAGUACGUGAAAAAGCAUGUGGUACAUAUAUUGUAGAACAAAGGUAUUAUAUUAGUAGCAAGUCCAAAAGCACCAAAAAACAGGCUUUUUAGUAAUUAUUAUAUUUGAUUUUGUGAGAUGGAAUAAUCUCAUAGGAUUUGGUAUUAACUUCAACACAUGUUUGUAUUUGUAUUAACUUUUUAGUCAAAACAACAAAGCUUCACUUAUUGUGGGCUAAUGAUCUUGUGUUUGGGUAGCAAGCUUCAUUUUUGAUUUCAUGGUGUUUGUAUUUGAUGGAAUUGAAUUUUCAGAGUGUUUCACGUGUACUUUGUCGAGUAUUUUGCUCCGAUUGUGUGGUUUCGUGAAGGUUGAGGGCUAGGAGUGGUUUCAAAAGGUUGGAGUGAAGGGUUUCAUGGGUGGGGUUGGGGCUUCAUGGGUGGUGGAGUGUUUUCGAGUAGGUGCGGAUGGUGCUUCAUGAGUGGUAGAGGGUUUACAGGUUGGUGGGAUGGUGUUUCGUGGGUGGUGGAGGGUUUUUGGGUAGGUGGUGGAGGGUUUCUUGUAGGUGGGGCUGGUGGUUUGUUGGUGGUGGAGGGCUUUCGAGUUGGUGGGACUUGUAAACAAGGAGCUUCUGCGGUUUCAUUUCUUUAGGUCGUAGGUCAUUUGACUUGAUUAAAGUAGGUAUAUCCACAAGAUAUGCUUAUUAUGAGUUAAUCAAAAGAUUAACUUAAUUUGAGAAGAUGGGGCAAAAGUCGACUUAUUCUUGACAAUUUUUCCAUAAUCUUUACAAAUGUUCAGUUAAGUGUAAAUGAAACGAACUCGUAAACUUCUACUCUCCUCAUCUUAGAUUAGUUCGAACACUUUCACUUUCGUCUACUCCACAACAGCUUGUACACUUUUGGAUUAAUACUUGCCUUGUACGGUCUUACUUCUUUGGCCCACAACACAAUCUCUCUUUCGAUACUUCACUUUUUUGUUCUUUCACUAAAAAAAGGUUGAUGUAUUGUUCUAGUGCUAGAUUGCUCCAUCGAUUUUUUGAUCUCAACUCAUGUACUUUUUUUUCUUUGGAGGAGACGGUAUAGGGUCCAAUUCUUCUGUAAGGCCAUAGUAUAGAUCAUAUGUGAUAAUAUAUUCUAUCAUUGGGAUGAUGUGUCAUAUUCAUGUAAGUUAGUAUAAUAUACUCCCUUCACCCAAAAAGGUUUCGUCAUCUCUCUUUUUAAGUUAUUCCAAUUUGGUUGGGUAUUACUAAUUUAGGUAUGAGAGCAUCUACUUCUGUUUCUCUAUUUUCAAUGUAGAAUUACCAACUUUUCGUAUUACAUCUCCUUCCUCUUUUCACCCUCCAAUAUCAAAUUACACGCCAGUGGCGGAGCCAGUAGGGGGGACAUGGGGACAGAUGUCCCCCCACUUUUAAAAAAUAAUUUCUUAAAAAAAAAACGAAAAAAAACACACUUGGCACUCAGCAGGGAACAUUUUGAAAAAAACUCUGAAGAGAGAGAGUGAGGAACAGAGAGACGGAAGAAGAGAGAUUGAGAGAAACCCUAAACUCGCGAAGGAGGGACGACGACCGACGAUGUCGACCACACAUUCGCAUUCGUCGGAGCCGACGACGACGAGCGGUUGCGAAGUCACGAAGAGGAAGCGACGCUGCGAGCAGUGGUGAGCCUGCGACGAAGUGCGAAGUCACAAAGAGGAAGCGACGCCACAACGGAGUCAGGAGACGAAGCGACGCCGCCACCCCCACCGCCCGCGUCCAUUCACCGUCGCCGACCUCCCGAGACGCCCACUUCAGUCAGUCAGUAAGUUUUCUUAACCCUAAGUUUUAGUUUUAAGUUUUUUUUUUAAAGGUAAUAUUUACAAUUUACAUUGUUUGGUUGUGAAUUAUUGAAUUAUGAUACUUGUGAUUUGUGAAAUGUUAAUUUGUGUGAUUGUGGAUGUAUGGUUGUUGAUUGAUAAAUUGAUUUGUUGUUGGUUUGGAAUUGGUCAUGAACUCAUGAUUUAGGAAAUUGUUAGUUUGCAAUUUGGAAUUUCUAAUUAGGAAAUUAUAAAUAUGAGUUGAUUUAUAAUUGAAAUAUUGAAUAGUUUGGUUUGAAGAGGAAUACUUUGAUAUGUAAUUGAUUAAUGUUUAUCAAUUUAAUAGGAAAUUGUUAGUUUGCAACUUUGGAAUUUUGUAUGUAAAACAUUAAGUAUUGAACAAUUUGUGUUGUAUUGUUUUUUUUCUAAUUUUUUUUUCCAAAUGCUUAACGGUCGAAUUUUGUCCCCCCACUUUGAGAAUCUGGGCUCCGCCACUGAAUACACGCAUUUUCCUUUUGUAUACACUUUUAAUUUGUGUAUUCUCGAUAAUAUCCACAAAUUCCAAACGCGUCUAAUUUUCCACACAACUAAUAAAAGGUCCAUCACUUAACACUCCUUUUAAUGUGUCCAACAAAGUGGGUAAAGAAUAAAUCUAUAUAGCCAAUGUCCUGUAGUCCUCUUCUUUGAGGUAACAUAGACUUGCUAUCUUUUUAUAUAUACCUAAAUGUUUGAGGGACUCACGAGUGGAGUGGAAGGAGCAAGAAACUCUUUUUUGUUAAAUCUUGAGACUUCUUUAUAUAAGGUGGGAUGUAGGUUGCUCUGGGACAAGAUAAUGGGCCUUGUUAUGUUUUCAUAAGCCUAAUUAUUCUUUUGAUGACCAAUACUAUAGGGAUGGCAAAGUCUGUGUUUGUGGAAGUUGGUAGUUAGAUGGCGGGAUUUGUGUGUAGGUAUGGUGUAUGGGAUAUGAAACUAGGCCUAACUCAAACCUUAAAACUAAGGUUUGAAGGUGUGCCACCAUGUCUGCUCUUGAUAUUUUAUCCUAUAAUUACUGAACUAGGUUCUCUCAUGUUUGACUGUACUAUGAUCAUAUACAUCAUGUUCUUGCAUUCCUUGUCUUCAUGGUUUAUGUACUGCCACAAUAAGAGUGGGUUCUUUGGGUUUCAGAUAUAUCAUCCAUUAUAAUUAUCAUUAGUAUGUGCAAUAUUAAAGUGUUACCAAUAUCAACUGUUCUGAGGGUAUGAUUUCCUAGUGCUUGCUCCAUUAGUAGAAGACACCGUGUUGCUGCACCCUAAGUUCCUAGUAACUUUACACGUACACAUAGUUUAUCCCAUUGGUUCUGGCUGUUAAUUGGAGGCACAACAUGGGGAAGAAAUGAUCAGUCUCCUUGAUUUUUCAGACUGACUGGAUAUGUCUGAAUAAAUAAGCUUGUUAGAUGAGCACUUGUUUUGGAGGCUGGAGCUCUACUGAUGUCUUAGUCAGUAUGAUGCGGACAUUGUCGAGGUUAGAAUAUUGUAUGAAGGUUUUAAAAUUUUGUGCUAUAUUUUUAAAGGAGGUGUUUGAUCAAGAUAUGGGCCGUUGCAAGUCUUCCAUUCAAGUGCUAUUGGGCACAUGAGGUCUUUAGACCAUUGGACUUGCUGUGACGUUGCUCAUUUCUCAAACGUUGUUAUGUUAUAUCAGCUAACCAAUGUUGUGCAUCUUUAGCCAAAACUCCUUUGGAUCGUUAUAUCAGGUCUGAAUCAGCUUUGAUGUACAUAAUCUUCUCAAGCAAGAUGCUGGAACAGAUAAGCCCAUAUGUCCGGGUUUUUAAGUA